AUGAAAAUAGAAGGGAGAACAUUCAUCAUCUCUGGCGGUGCCUCUGGUCUCGGCCAAGCAUGUGUAGAGACCUUGGUUGCAGCCGGUGGCUAUGUUGCAGUUCUCGACAUGAACGAUGAGAACGGCGCGGCCAUUGUCUCGAAGCUGGGCCCGCAGACCAAAUUCUUCGUUUGCAACGUCUUGGAAACGGACAGCAUCAAGGCUGCUGUUGAUGGCACCGUUGCCUGGAUCAAGGAGACGGGCAAGCCCUUGGGUGGUGUCAUUCCGGCUGCCGGGGUCAGCACUCCAGCUACUAUGCUUGACCGGAAUGGAGACGCUUUGAGUCUGGAUGACUUUGACUUUGUCAUGAAUGUCAACCUCCGUGGCACUAUUGAUCUGGUACGGCAAGCCAUCGUACACAUUGCCAAGACGCAGCCAUCUGUGCCCGACGGCGAGCGCGGUAUCGUCAUCAUGGUGGCGUCUUCUGCCGCCUUCGACGGGCAAAAGGGACAAGUCUCUUACUCGGCCUCCAAGGGAGCUGUCACGGCAAUGACUCUACCCAUGACCCGAGAUUUGGCCCGGUACGGCAUCAGAGUCGUUACGAUUGCACCAAGUUUGUUUGCCAGCAGGAUGACCAGCAUGAUGUCUGACAAGGUCCGUGCCAGUCUAGAGAAAUCCAUGGAGUUUCCAAGGAGGGAAGGGCAGCCGGAAGAAUUCGCCGGACUAGCGAAGCACGCGAUUGAGAAUGUCAUGUUGAACGGAACGGUACUGAGGCUCGAUGGUGGUAUGAGAAUGCCAAGCAAAAUGUAA